UCUCUCGCUCUCCUUCCUCCUCCGCCUCUUCAGCUCCUGGGCUAGAAUAUCUAUGGGUCGAAACGUGAUGCGAUGAAUCCGAGGGAGACCGAAACUGGGACGAGGAGUGUGGCGGAAGCAGUGGGACUUCCAGACAUGGGGGCUUCACCACAAUAGAAGCAGCGCCCCCACCCGCCCCCGUCAGCCCCUCCAGAGCGAAGCCCCAAACCCCCUCGGGAAAAGGAUGGCGGCGGCACCUACCCAGAUAGAAGCCGAGCUGUAUUACCUGAUCGCUAGGUUCUUGCAGUCCGGACCCUGCAACAAAUCCGCUCAGGUGCUAGUACAGGAGCUCGAGGAGCAUCAGCUGAUUCCGCGCCGCUUGGAUUGGGAAGGGAAAGAGCACCGAAGAAGCUUCGAGGAUCUGGUAGCAGCCAAUGCACACAUUCCUCCAGACUACCUCCUUAAAAUUUGUGAGAGAAUUGGUCCUUUGCUAGAUAAGGAGAUCCCUCAGAGUGUUCCUGGGGUACAGACCUUACUAGGUGUUGGUCGGCAGUCUCUGUUACGAGAUGCCAAAGACUGUAAGAGUACACUAUGGAAUGGGUCUGCUUUUGCAGCUCUGCAUAGAGGCAGACCUCCAGAACUACCUGUAAAUUAUGUGAAACCUCCAAAUGUGGUGACUAUUUCUUCUGCCAGGCAAUUAACUGGAUGUAGUCGCUUCAGCCAUAUUUUCCCUUCAUCUGCUUACCAGCAUAUUAAGAUGCAUAAGAGAAUUCUGGGGCACUUGUCUUCUGUCUACUGUGUAGCAUUUGACCGAAGUGGAAGAAGAAUUUUUACAGGUUCAGAUGAUUGUUUGGUGAAAAUUUGGGCCACAGAUGAUGGGCGCCUACUUGCUACACUUCGAGGGCACUCUGCUGAAAUUUCUGACAUGGCUGUUAACUAUGAAAAUACACUCAUUGCUGCAGGCAGCUGUGAUAAAGUUGUAAGAGUAUGGUGUCUUCGAACUUGUGCACCAGUUGCUGUCCUUCAGGGACAUUCAGCUUCUAUUACUUCCAUACAGUUUUGUCCAUCAACUAAAGGAACAACAAGAUACCUCACUUCUACUGGUGCUGAUGGAACAAUCUGUUUCUGGCAAUGGCAUGUGAAAACAAUGAAGUUUAGAGAUCGCCCAGUGAAAUUUACUGAGAGAUCCAGACCUGGAGUUCAAAUAUCUUGUUCAUCUUUUAGUUCUGGUGGCAUGUUCAUUACAACAGGUAGCACUGACCAUGUGAUUAGAAUUUAUUAUUUGGGUUCUGAAAUCCCAGAGAAAAUUGCUGAACUAGAGUCACAUACGGACAAAGUUGUUGCUGUUCAAUUCUGUAACAAUGGAGACAGUUUGAGAUUUGUUAGUGGAAGUAGAGAUGGAACAGCAAGAAUUUGGCAAUAUGAGCAACAAGAAUGGAAGAGUAUAGUGCUAGACAUGGCCACUAAAAUGAAUAGGAAUAAUUUGCCAUCUGGUGAAGACAAAGUCACUAAACUAAAGGUGACCAUGGUAGCCUGGGAUCGCUAUGACACUACAGUUAUUACUGCAGUGAACAAUUUCCUUUUGAAAGUUUGGAAUUCUAUCACAGGGCAGCUUCUUCAUUCUUUAUCCGGACAUGAUGAUGAAGUAUUUGUUUUGGAAGCACAUCCAUUUGAUCAAAGAAUCUUACUUUCAGCGGGUCAUGAUGGGAACAUUUUUAUUUGGGACCUUGACCGGGGGACCAAAAUUCGAAAUUAUUUUAACAUGAUUGAAGGUCAAGGCCAUGGUGCAGUGUUUGAUUGUAAAUUUUCACCAGAUGGAAAUCAUUUUGCCUGCACAGACUCUCAUGGGCAUUUGCUGCUUUUUGGUUUUGGAUGCAGUAAAUACUAUGAAAAGAUUCCAGAUCAGAUGUUUUUCCAUACGGAUUAUCGACCUCUUAUCCGUGACGCCAAUAAUUAUGUAUUGGAUGAACAAACGCAGCAAGCUCCUCAUCUCAUGCCCCCACCAUUCUUGGUGGAUGUUGAUGGAAAUCCUCAUCCCACAAAAUUUCAACGCCUAGUACCAGGACGGGAAAAUUGUAAAGAUGAACAACUUAUACCACAGCUGGGAUAUGUGGCUAAUGGUGAUGGUGAGGUGGUAGAACAAGUAAUUGGACAGCAAACCAGUGACCAAGACGAGAGCAUUCUUGAUGGGAUAAUCAGAGAGCUACAGAGAGAACAAGAUCUGAGACUAGUUAACCAAGGAGAUGUUCCAAAUUUUCCAGUUAAUAGAUCAUACUCUGUUAAUGGUGCUCUAAGAAGUCCAAAUAUGGACACAUCUUCCCCAAAUAUUGGGCUUCGACGUAGUGGUCAAAUUGAAGGUGUUCGGCAGAUGCACAACAAUGCUCCUCGUAGCCAGAUAGCCACUGAGCGAGAUCUCAUGGCAUGGAGCAGGAGAGUGGUGGUCAACGAAUUAAAUACUGGAGUUAGUAGGUUACAGGAAGAAUGUCGAAUUGCAAAAGGUGAUAUGGAAAUCAGUCUUUAUACAGUUGAAAAGAAGAAAAAGCCAUCAUAUACUAUUCAAAGGAAUGAUUAUCAGCCUAGUUGUGGGAGGUCUUUACGAAGGACACAACGCAAACGUCAACAUACUUACCAAACACGGUCCAACAUGGAGCAUAAUUCACAAGCAAUAUGUCAAAAUUCUGGUGUACAGGAUGAUUUGGAAAGCUCCUCAGAGGAAGAUGAAACUGUUGGCACAAGUGAUGCUUCUCUAGAGGAUCCUGUCGUUGAAUGGCAAAGUGAAAGUUCUUCCAGUGAUUCAUCAAGUGACUAUUCUGAUUGGACAGCAGACGCUGGAAUAAAUCUGCAACCUCCUAAAAGACAAACGAGACAGGCAACUCGGAAAAUAUGCAGCAGCUCUGAGGAAGAGAAUUUGAAGUCACCGGAAGAAAGGCAGAAGAAACCUAAGCAGACUAGAAAGAAGAAAGGAGGGCUGGUUUCUAUGGCAGGUGAGCCCAAUGAAGAAUGGUUUGCCCCUCAGUGGAUUUUGGAUACCAUACCGCGUCGUUCCCCAUUUGUCCCACAGAUGGGCGAUGAGCUUAUUUAUUUUAGGCAAGGACAUGAAGCGUAUGUGCGGGCUGUAAGGAAGUCAAAAAUAUACAGUGUUAAUUUACAAAAACAGCCAUGGAACAAAAUGGAUCUCAGGGAGCAAGAGUUUGUUAAGAUUGUAGGAAUCAAAUACGAGGUUGGACCACCUACACUAUGUUGCUUGAAACUUGCAUUUCUGGAUCCCAUUUCAGGCAAAAUGACUGGAGAGUCUUUCUCCAUUAAGUAUCAUGACAUGCCAGAUGUCAUUGAUUUUCUUGUGCUACAUCAGUUUUAUAAUGAAGCCAAAGAAAGGAACUGGCAGAUUGGUGAUAGAUUCCGCAGUAUAAUAGACGAUGCCUGGUGGUUUGGAACGGUGGAGAGUCAGCAGCCUUUUCAACCAGAAUACCCUGAUAGUUCUUUCCAGUGUUACAGCGUUCACUGGGACAAUAACGAGAGAGAAAAGAUGAGCCCCUGGGAUAUGGAGCCAAUUCCGGAAGGAACCGCCUUUCCAGAUGAAGUUGGUGCAGGUGUCCCUGUGUCUCAGGAGGAACUGACUGCUUUGUUGUAUAAACCGCAGGAAGGAGAGUGGGGCGCUCAUUCCAGAGAUGAGGAAUGUGAACGAGUUAUUCAGGGCAUCAACCACCUUCUUUCCUUAGAUUUUGCCAGCCCUUUUGCUGUUCCAGUGGAUCUCAGUGCCUACCCCUUGUACUGUACUGUAGUUGCUUAUCCAACUGACCUCAACACUAUCAGGCGGAGACUUGAAAAUCGUUUUUACAGGAGAAUAUCAGCAUUAAUGUGGGAGGUACGCUACAUUGAGCAUAAUGCUAGGACUUUCAAUGAGCCAGACAGUCCUAUAGUUAAAGCAGCCAAAAUUGUAACUGAUGUCUUACUUCGAUUUAUUGGGGAUCAAAGUUGUACUGAUAUACUGGAUACUUACAAUAAAAUUAAAGCAGAAGAAUUAAACAGUAGUGAUGCAGAAGAGGAUAUAGAAAUUAUUGACUUAGAUUCAGAUGGUCCUGGUACUUCAUCUGGGAGAAGGGUCAAAUGUCGAGGCAGAAGGCAAUCUUUAAGGUGCAAUCCUGAUGCUUGGAAAAAACGGUGCAAAGAACUAUUGAGCCUCAUUUAUGAACGGGAAGAUUCAGAGCCAUUUCGACAACCGGCAGACCCCCUUUCUUACCCAGCCCAUCAAGAACAAGAGGGAGAAUCCUCAGAGUUCAGUGUUCCAGAAAGACAACAUGAUCCAUCUCUUUCUGAGGAUCAUCAAGGUGUUACAGAAACACCUAUGGACUUCAGCACUGUGAAAGAAAUUUUGGAAGCAGGGAAUUAUGUUAGUCCUCUGGAAUUUUGUAAGGAUGUUCGCCAAAUAUUCAGCAACUCCAAAGCUUAUACCUCUAAUAAGAAAUCAAGGCUCUACAGCAUGACACUGCGAUUAUCUGCCUUAUUUGAAAAUCAUAUUAAAAAUAUCAUUUCUGAGUAUAAGUCAGCAAUCCAGAAUCAGAAGAGGAGAAGGACACGGUACAGAAAACGUCUAAGAAGCAGCAGCAGUUCGUUAUCUAGUAGCAGAGCUCCUAGUCCAAAAGGGAAACAGAAACAAAUGAAGUUGCAGCCUAAAAAUGACCAGAAUACCUCAGUGUCUUAUGCUAGGACUAGUUCUCCUUUCUCGUCUCCUGUUUCAGAUGCUGCUGAAGGAAUUUCACAGUAUCUCCUUGAUGAUGAAGUGGAUGGGCCAUUUUCUUCACCAAGCUUCAGUGGAUAUAGCCAAAGUGGAAAUACCCAUGACCCAGGGAAAGCCAAAUCAUUUCGGAAUAGAGUUUCACCAGUUAAACAAGAUCACACGCUUGAUGGACCUAUUAUAAAUGGUGAUGGCAGAGAGCCCCGGACAGGAAUCAAGAGAAAACUGCUCAGUGUAUCAGAAGAAGAUGAAAGCAUCGGAGAAGAGAAAGAGAAAAAAGAAACUAAAGAGAAAUCACACUUAUCCUCUUCAGAGAGUGGAGGGUUAGGAUCCAGUUUAAGUUCAGAAAGUGCUUGUGGCUCUGAUUCUGACUCUGAAUCAACUUCGAGAACAGAUCAAGAUUAUGUAGAUGGAGAUCAUGACUAUAGCAAAUUCAUACAAACGAGACCGAAAAGAAAACUCAGAAAACAUGCCAGUGGAAAAAGAAACUGGAAGAUGAGAGGCACUGGAGGAAGAGGCAGAUGGGGAAGAUGGGGCAGAUGGAGUAGAGGAGGCAGAGGAAGAGGAGGCAGGGGACGAGGGGGUCGAGGAAGAGGUGGAGGUGCCACUAGAGGAAGAGGAAGAGGGAGAGGAGGAAGAGGUGCCUCUAGAGGAGCCACCAGAGCCAAACGAGCACGUAUUACCGAUGAUGAAUUUGAUACCAUGUUUUCAGGACGUUUCAGUAGACUGCCUCGAAUUAAGACAAGAAACCAAGGCAGGAGGACUGUUUUAUAUAAUGAUGAUUCUGAUAAUGACAAUUUUGUGUCCACUGAGGAUCCUCUGAAUCUUGGUACAUCCAGAUCAGGCAGAGUGCGUAAAAUGACCGAAAAAGCCAGGGUUAGCCAUCUCAUGGGAUGGAAUUAUUAACAGUUAACGAAUUUAAUGAAUUUAGAAUAAUUUAAAAAUUCAAUGGCCUUCUACUGCAGGGAAUUAACCAGGAAAUCUACAAAGCAAGUUGUGUGGGGACUUCCGCUUCCUUUCACAUUGGUGCUUUUCCAUUAUGCCAGUAUAUAUUUGUUUCAAGACUUUGAUCUCCACACUUCAUUUGUUCAAAUAAGCCUUACUCAUUAGGCCUUAAAUUAAAAGAAAUUCUGCCCAUACACGUGCGUGCAUGCACGCAUAUACACACACGCAACAAAGACGCACUACAGAUUUACUACAUGGAAGGAGCAUUCUGCUUCUUAAGAGUAGCAUGACAUUUUUAUCUCAAUGGAAUAUCCUUCUUUUGCUUUUGUAUCACAGAAGUAUAGCACCUUCUUACAGAGUUUUAUAUAGUUUGUUUUUGCCAUUUUGAUUCCUAUGCCCAGUAAUAAUAACUUUUGCACAAUACACCAAUCCUAAAGGCAGCUAUUAAAUGUUUACAGUUUCUAUAUUGUGAGAACGAUCUGGAUUAUUUUACUCUUCCCAGGCCAAACUUUCGUGAAUUGUACUGAACUGAAGUAUAUAUUUAUACUACAGUUUUUUUGGGGGGGUGGGGGGUCUUGAUAUGCUUUUCAUUGGUUUGCUUAAUUCACGUUAAAGGUGAGAAAGGGUUGGUGCCUUGUAAAUAUGUAGCAAAUCUUUGUGGUGUGUCCUGAAGUGUGCAUUAACUUUAUUAAAAGGGAAUACUUGAGAUAUCAAUCUAGACAAGGUGCCAAAUGCAAAAGUUUCUUGCAUCCAUUUUCUUUCCUAUUAUGUUUUAUUGCAUUAAUAGAACUUGUGAGCUUAAAGAAUGACUUAAACAUUUGAAAACUCCUCAUCCACCAAGGAUAACUUCUUUAAAUAGUAGCUCAGCUACCUCUAUUAACUACAACUACUGGAAACUUUUAAGGAAAAUAGACGCUGUUACUCAUUACUAAGGAGAAAUAGAACAAGCUUGGGUGGGAAAGAAUAGUCCUAAAUUAUAAGCUGAGAGGUUGUGAAUAAUCAUAUUGACUUUCAAAUUAAUAGUUUAACAAACUUUCCUAAGUAUUAUAUGGUCUACCUUAGGCUUUCAUAAAAGAUAUUUAUAUAAGUAGACUUGGCCUACUGCUUAUAUAUUUCUGCUACCACUUACUGUUUAAUAGCCGUGAGUUACAUGCAGGUUUUCCUUUGAAUCUUAAAGUGUAACAGACCAUUUACUUAGAGUUGGAAUGUUUCUGAUAGCUAAUAUUUUGAAUCAACUUUAAUAGAUUUUGCUCUUAUCAUUCCAAAGGGUUCUUGUAGUCUUUCAGGAAAGAACCUCAUUGCACUGCACACUGAUACUUUGAAUCAUUAUGUUAUAGGUGAGAAAAAUCUGUUAAACCCUUAUGAUCUUGUUUACAGCAGUAGAGUGCACAUGGUUCCAUAAGUGAGCUUGAGUUCCAAGAUCAAUUUUACUCCUCAAAUUUGAGAUUACAGAUUUGCUAAUUUGUUAGAUACUUAAAUUUUUCUUGUACGAGGGUUAAUAUUGAUCUUUUUUUUUUUUUUGUAACAGCAGAUUUGCUGCACUUAGAUCAAACUUAUGUGAUAUACAGACUUCUUAAUGUAUACCAAGUUAUCCCAGGAUAUUUGUUAAGUUAAUGUGUUUGUCUCAUACUUCCAGUCAUUUUAUGCAUCUGAAAAUCCUGAAGUGCAGAGGAAGGAGUACACACAUAACUUUGCUUUUUUAGUAGGGUUUGGGGUUGAGGUUAUUCUCGGACUAACAUCUUUAAGCAGUUUUUACUUGCAGUAGAAAUGAUGUUCAGGCUUUACGAAAGUAUUGUUGAGAAUUGUUAAUGGCACUAACUUCUGUUACUAGAGAGUAGACCAAGAUAUAUUUUCGUUGUGCUCUUUUUUUCAUUAAACCAAAACUACUUCUGGUUAUAACUCAACUGCCAUUUUUAACCAUAGUAUAGAUUCAAAUUAUUCCUAUUUGAAACUCUAUAUUAGAUUUUUGCUAAAGUGUACCAUCUUACUUAUUCAUCUCUUGGGCAUUUAGAUUAAAUGUUACCUGUUUUCCUCAAAUGCGUAACACUUUGGCAUACCCUAAUCAAAGUGACAUAGUUGCUUAAAUUCUUGGAUAUAUCUAUAUGUGUAUCAUGUGUAUCAUUUUAGUGUGACAUUUUUUGAUGACAUUCUUCUAUGAAGAGCUGACUUCUUAAAAUGUAGAAGAAUUGCCAUUGGUGUGGUUUUUAGCUACCUGGAGCUUUAUUUAUAAUUUAUUUUGAAAAAUUAAAAUGUCACAUUUAUUCCCAAAAUGUCAAUAUUUUCUAGGUUUAGGUAAUUAGAAUAAUAAGUCUGAAGACAUUUUUAAGUAUAUUUUAUACGUAGUGAAAUACUGUGAAGAUACUAGUGAACAGCAUUUUGCUGUAAUGUUGAUUUCAGUUAUUAGAAUUUUAAACAGUUAGUCACCAGGGUAUGGUUGCUAAGCAUAGUUUUCAUUAUACAACAGAUCAUUUUCUGUUAGCAUGCAAGUUAUUUUGAUAAGAGUGAAUAUAAAAGUUUGAGAAAUAGUAUUUUUACUUUUUUAUCUGGACUCCCCAUUUUUACUUUGCUUUUUUUGUAACACCGUUUCCUGUGAAUUUUUCAUGAUUUGUAUCACAUUGAAUAUUUUAUCAUUUUAAUUUUCUAGAGGCCCUUUGAAACCUAAAUAACAUCUGGGUACAGCCAUAGCAAAGCAGUAGGAAAUGAAUUAAGAAUUCUGCUAAGAAAAACCACUGUAAUAUUUAGGUCCAUGAGAGCAUACACAUGUAUAAGUCUAAUCAUAUGCUAGAUAUGAAUAGUGAGUAAGCUGUAGUAAUUCUUAUGAAUGCUAAUAAUGUUUAAAUUCCCAUCUUUAAGAUCUUAGCAUGUGUAUAUAUUUAUAAAACCUGAAUCGUAUGUUUUCUUCUAUGGCUUGCUAUGUAUCAUCCAGCAAUAGGAUGCUCUCCAAAACAUUCACUAACCUACUAACCUAAUGACUAAAUUUGUUUUUGUAUGUGUGUGUGCACUUGUAUGUAUGUAGUAUUUUUUUCAAACUUGACAUACCUUAUUUCAGACAUUAAAAAAGAGAGAGUAUUUUAUAUGGAGGAUACUGUCUACCAAUUCUUUGUCUCUGUACAGCUCUUAGCCUAUGCAUUUACUUCCCGGUCAUCCAUUGAAUUAUGCUUUUUAGAUAACCAGCCCUUGUUUCCCCAUGUAUCUGUAUCCUUUUCUUACUGUAAUUUAAUUGGUCCUUAUAUUUGUUUACUUUUCUGCUUCUCUCCCCAGAGAUCAUACUUAUUUUAGAAUGCUUCCAUACAGCACUUCGUUUCACCCAGAGGUGAAACUGAAUAAAAUUCAUAAAUCUCAUACUGCACAACUGUGUGCUCAGAUACCUAGCUCAGCUUUCCAGUAUUUCAAAGUAAAUUUGAGUGAAAGACAGUAGCAGUGAAUGAAAGAGAAAAAUUUGAAUGCCACUUGUAAUUUUUUGAUAAAAAUUUUUGGAGCAUUUUUUCAAAAUUUGUAUGUUUGUGGUAAUGAGAAAUUAAACACUUUAUCACUCACAUAUAUCUUGCAAAUCAUUUUAUGCACAUUUGCCAACUGGUACUUCUCUUCAAAGUUGGAAAAGGUGAUUUACAGAAUGUGUAAUUUUCAGUAUACUUUGAUGUCCAGCCUUUUGAACAAUUACAGUAGCAUUUUAAGUUGGGAAAUGAAUAUUGGGGGAAGGGAUGGGACUUUGACAUUUAAGUCCAUUCUUUUAAAUGCUAAUCCCAUCCCCAACAUUUUUAUGUUACCUGAGGUUUAUGAGUGUUUUCUUAAAAAUUGAAUAUCCUAGGAUCAUUUUUAAGGUUUGUUUUUAAAGACUUAUAGGAAAUAUUUGUUGCUUUUUUUGCUUUUUAACACCUAGUAGUCUCUUUAUUACAUUUUGAUUAUCAAUCUUAUCAAUUUUUGAUUAAAAGCCAAUAUAAAGUUAAAAUUUUUAAUGGGGCCAUAUUUUAUGAAACAUGGAUAGCACUCAAUUUUAUUCAUUUCUUAUAUAGUCUUAUCCUUGAUUAUUCCCUUUUUCAUCUUUCCUCUCUUGCUUGCUUUUGCCCUCAUUUAUUUCUCUUUGUGCAAUGAAAACUGCACCUCAAUUAGCAUACUUCAACAAGACUGGAAAUUUCUGAUCCAUUGAUGGGAGAACACAGUAGAAAGGCCCUACAGUUUAGAGUUAAGAUGUGUUUGCUUAUUUAUAUGUAUGCCCAUUUGUUAUUAUUAUACCUAUCUUAAUUGAUUCUAGAAUAUGAGACUUUGACCUAUGAAAGCAUGAUAAGUAUUUUGUUAAAAAAUCCUGUUGAUACAUAUUGAAAUUGCCAUUGGUAAUUAAUUUUUAAAAUCACAUACAAAAAUAUUUAGAAACCCAGUUGGAAAAUGUGUUUUUACAUGUCACCAAAUACACUGUAGUCAGUACUACAAAUGUUAAUUCUUUAAACAGUACUGUGGUGAUGGCAAUCAGUAAUUUAUUUCUUUGUCCUGUAACUUAUCAUUCUUGUCCUUUGUAAUUCCUUACACAGUAUUAACAAAACUGUACCUUAUGUUUGCUCUUAAUAUCCGUAAAUUUUAAGAUAGAAAACCAUUCAUUUAAUAGUUGAUGUGAUGUUGUAUAUAGGCAAAAUGUCCAUUAAUUCAGUUAUUUAAAAAAGGUUAACUCAACUGGCUUAGUUUAUAAAAGAUGUUUUGUUUGGAAGAUACCAGUAAUUAUAAGUAAUUACUUUCAAAGACAAAAACUGGACUAAUUUGUUGCCAUUCUUUAUGGGAUGUUUACAAUAAAAUUCCAAGUUGUUUGGAAUCAAUUGCACUCUUGCUGCUUUAUGCCUUAAGUCAUGUACCAGAGAUAAAUUAACAAGAAGAAAGAAAUACGGAGUUAGUUUUCUAUUAUGCAGCUUUAGAGAUUAUAACAUAUAACUCUUGAGUCAUUCCUUUUUGCUUCUUUGUCAUAGAAUAUUUUAUUACUAUUAUUUUUAAGCUGAGAAAUAAGGGUGCUUACUAUGAAAGAAAAUAUUUUUGAUCUAGUCAUUAAAAUAUUUGUUGGGUCAUUUUUAGGUAAUAAAUAUUAACUCUUUCAAUGUUGGCUGUUCGGUGCCUUACAUAACAGCCUGCAAAACACUAAUAAACUGUUCUGUAAAGCUUUUUCAAAAUGAAUAGACUUUAAUAUAUUGUUCACUUAUAAGUUUUAACACCUAAGCUAUGAAUCCCUGUCGUAUUUUAUUUAUGUUCAACUUGCCUACAAAGAUUAACUGUAUUGUAAAUCGUACUUUAGUUCAUUGUAACUGCAGGAGGGAGACAAGUAAGGUGAGAGAUAAACGUUGAGCCAGGAUCUGAUUCAUCCUACUUAUGAGCCUAUACAGUUCCCAGAAUUCUCCUCCCAACGAUAGGAAUUCCACCCGGUUCAACAUAAGUAAGCUGACUAAAGACCAGAGCGCAUCUUUUAUACAUGUACUGUCUCUUUUGUAUGUUUUGAAUAAAAAAUAAGAUACUUAGAAAAAUAUCAUUUCAUCUUCUGGAAUCAGAUUCAAUGGCCGUGAAAGUAGCUAGAUUUUUUUCACAAUAUUCAAUCUCUGGUAUAAUGUUUGGUAAUCUCUGAUACAAUGUUUGGUAAUUUUGUUUAGUUGUUACAUUUACCUCAUUCCCUAGACUUUUUUACAUAGCCAAAAAUUAUUAUUAAAGAAUUUUUGUGACAAAACUUUAUGGCAGUAUUCACAAGAUCAGUUUUUUUGCUAGGUGAGAAGGUCAAGAAAAAAGUGUUCUCUGCCUUUUCUCUGAUUUAUAUGCCACUUACUAUUUAAAGCUUAUUUCUAAAAAUGAACAAAAUAAAUUGAAAUCAAUAUAUUAAGGCUUUUUUCCCUUUUUUGCCACCUGGCAGUUGCCUUAAUAAAGUUGGUGUCACCUGCAGAUUAUAAACUUCUAGUAUAUAAUUUUAAAGUUAUUAACAAACUAACAUUGAUUUUGAUAUUGAAGACUAAAAGUUUUUCUGAUGCUAGUUUCUUUUUCAUUACUAUGUGAAUUUUGAAUUGCUAGUCAGCAAUUCCCUGCUCAGCAUUUUUGCGGUACUCUUCAGUUUUGUAAGUUUUAUAGUAAAUUUAUUAAGAAAUAAAAAUAUUUCACAUUGCUUAACUUAAAUUCUUAAUUGGUUGGGUUUAAUCAUUCUUAAGGGUGAUUUUUCUGUGGUUGAUUUUUGUCACGUAAUUCUAACUAGAAUUUCUGUAGUAGCUUGUUAAUUUAUAUUAACAACUUUGUAUAAUCUGUCUCGUAAUUGAAACCAGUAAAACUUUCUUAAGGUGUUUCUUUCCUCGCAUUUUACAAAAGCUUACAAUAUGUUAAAAUGAGAUUUCCUUACCAAAUUGUAUAAUACGUCACUUUAAGAGUGGUAUUUUGUUAUCUUUGAAUACUGUUCAUCUAAAAUAUUAAUGAUAAGUGCUGAUAGUUCUGAAAUGCUUCCAUGUGAUAAAUUUUAAUUUAUAAACUAGAGCUAAUCUUGUGUGUGAAAAUAUUAGGUUUAAUUUUGUCUUUUCUGACCUUCUGGAGCUAAAAAUACCAUGACCUUGAUGUUCUCAUAGUCACUAAAUUACCACGUACUUUGAGUAUUGGGUCUAGCCAUUCAUUUUUAUUUCAAAUAUUUUUAGUAGUUUCCAUGAUAAAGAAAAGUAAUCAUUAAGACAAAACAACAGAAGAUUAUGGUUGAUAUACUUUUACUUUCCAAUUCAGAAAUUUAAGACUCAUAAAUAUGAUAUGUUUUCAACACUAGAAAUAAUGUACUAGUCUUAUCACUUUGUUUUGUUUAGCUUUUAUUAGUAUAUAUUUGCAGUACAUAUUGAUUGUAUUCUUCAGGGGAGUUUAUGCAUAAACAACGUUUCUUAAUUCCUUUUAUAUCCCUUUGCUUAUAAUUAUUCAAGCAGGAAUUUUCAGAGAUCUGAAGUGAUGAGUCGCAUUCUUUUUCGAGAUUUAUGUGGUGAUCUCCAUUGCAGAUAUUUAUUGGCAGGAGUUACUAUUGUGCACCCUUGCUAGUACAAAACCUAAGACUUUUUCAUAUGAGUUCAAAUGAGUUUGAAUGUCUGUCCUGUUUAUAUUAGAAAUAGGAAAUGAUGAAUGAGCCUAUAUUGUUCUUUCCCAGGUUUAUUCACUUGUUUUUUAUUCUUCAUCCAACAUUUAUUGAGUACCUGUAUGUCAAAUGUAAUAACUAUUUUAGAUUUUUGUUAGUCUGUGUGUGCUGUACAUAAUUCCAUUCACUGUGGCGAGUUGGUACAUCAACAUAAGGCAUCAUAUUUCUUUUUCUUCCUUCCCCUCCAACCCCUUUUUAAAUCUAUAUUGGCAGCAUCAUAUUUAUUCAUUUUUUUACAAAUCCUUAUCGUUAGCUAUCAUAAAUGCAGAUUAACAGGCAAACAGACCAAGAAAUAUAAAAAAAGACAAACAGUGACACUAAAGCAAGGUAAACUUUCAGAUAUAAAGAGCUUGACAGUUUACAAAGUUCAUCUUUCAGUCUCAAACACUAGCAUGACACUGUCAAUUCCAUUUCUCACAUGAGAAUAUGUUUCAGUGAAAUCAAGUAAUUUACUGAAGGUCAAAUGGUUAGUAAAUAAGAAAGCCUUGCUUUAUCCAGGAUAACUACUUCCAGGUUUCUCGUCUCAGCUUUUAUGUGUAAAUAAUGGGUUAAUGCUUGGUUACAUUUUCCUCCUCAGUUUCUAUCAAGUUGCACGUGCAUCCUUAAGAUCAUCAUUCCCUUUACUUCUGGUUUGAGGACUUAAAGGCACGAAUGAGUCUUUAAGUCUCUUAUUACUUUUGGGAGGUUGGUGGUAUGGGCUAAAUUUUUUUUGAAAUGCUCAGUUUGGAAGUAGAAAAAUAAAUGAAGUUCUUAAAAUGUAUAAAGUUACACAAGGAUAAAGACACAACUAAAAUACAGAGGACUUCCUCUUGUGAAGAUUAAUUCGCUGAUAACCUAUACAAGUGUGCUUUAUGGUUUGUUAUACAAAAUAUAUCAGAUAUUGGCAGGUUUCAUACUCCUAUGCACCCUUGCCAGUGCAAAACCUAAGACUUUUUUCCACUGAGUUCAAAGGAGUUUCAGAUAUAGUUCUCAGGAGAAUGCAGUCACCUUCCUCAUUAAUUUAGUGUAACAUGUUAUGAGGUGAAAGAAUUUACAUAUAUCAUGUGUAUAAAUAUGUGUACAUAUGUAUAUUCUUUGAACUAUCUCUGAGUUUUACUCAUUUAAUGUCACUAUACUCUCAUUUUAAAAAAUGCUCCAGAUUCAAAGUGUUCAAGACAAAGUUUAUUUCAAAAAGUAUUUACUAUCUCAACUUUUUUGCACCCAUCCUUCAGAGUCAUUUUAAGGAAAUGGAUGAUUUUUUUCUAAUUAGUAAAUGUGGCAGUGGUAGCAUUUGGUAAGUGUCUAAGUAGGUGUAUAUGUACAGUAAAGUGAAUCUGAACUGCUGAUUUGAA